AGGGAACACUUACAGUAUGUGUGAGCAGGGAACACUUAUAGUAUGUGUGAGCAGGGAACACUUACAGUAUGUGUGAGCAGGGAACACUUACAGUAUGUGUGAGUAGGGAACACAUACUGUAAGUUGGGAGUAGGUCAAGCAUUUCAUUGCAAUGUGAAAAUAGUUAAAAUUUGAUAAAAUAAAGCCAGGACCAUGCAUUUGAAACCGGUUGUAUGUAUUCAAAAGGGGUGGGGAUGAUAUACAACUAUUUGAAAUAAAGUUGUCAGCGCAAACGCAAAUGAUGAUUAUCAAAUGGCAGUUCUUUGAUCGACAAAUACCAUGGAACUCGUCAACUUUCUACUAGAUGAAGAAAAAUGUUGAUAAUUCCUUCGAUUAUUUUACAUAUCAUCUUUAUUCUUACAACUAAUUAAUUCAAAUUGGCAGUGAUUAGCCUUAGAACUGCCAUUUGCCAUUCGCCAUUUGCACUGACGUUUAUUGAAAAUGUGUAUCUCAGGCCAUACAGAGGUGAAUGUUGUAACUAUGGAUCUUUUUUUGUCCUCAAAAUAAAUAGCAAAACUGUAGUCUUUCGGGUCUUUUCCCUAAACUGCCCAAAGAUUCUUCAUAUGAAAAUACUGUCUGUUUGACCUGAAGCCACUCGAAAAAUUUCCAUGUCCAAGAAACCCAGAAUAAGCCUGAAAGCAAUCUUUGAAUAAGGUAAUUAUCGCUAGACUCAAAAGACAAAAGCUGUGCAUUGCAUAAUCGCAAAACCGAAGACCUCUUUUCAACGAUACAUCGAUUUUAGGAUACAUUUUCUUUCUCCCGAGGCAUGUCGUAAAAUCCUGGUUUCACUGUAAUUGAUUUUUACAGAAGGCUGUAAAGAACCGAAAGGCCCCAACACCGUUAUUUCCUGGGAUUGCUGUACACAUUGCGGUACAAUGCUCUUGCAAGGUAUACCAAAAUUCAUAGAAAUAAAUCAAGUGUGAUUUGGCGAUUCUCUUUUUUUAAAGGUUAUUAACCCAUUGACAAAAAAUAAAAGAUGCAAAUAAAGAGUGGGCGUGAGGGGGGUCUUAAAACAGCAUAUAAUAUUGACAAAAUCCGCAAUACAACGUUAUAUAUUUUUUCGAAAUACAACCCGGUCUUUUAUCGCAAACCGCAACUUUUUAAUUAAACGCACUACUACAAAAAGAGGGUCCACAAUAGGCAUUUGAGAUGCGGUAUAUUCAGCGUUUUUAGCGAUCAGGAUACGAGAAUUCGGGUUUAACACAAGCAGGAUUAAACAUAAACACGAAGGCGUGCUAUAAAAGAGAUAGGUCCGCCCCCUUUUUCGCAAGCUUUCGCGCAAGUCGUCGUCAUUCCACAACUAGACUUCGUGGACCUCUGAAACUGAAACUGCCAGAAGAAAACAAAGAAAAAAGUACAGCCGUCCGACAAAUUACGAAAACUAAGCAGAUUUUUAUACAGCUAGAGAAAGUGUCGCCCAGGCUGAGGUUAAGGAACUUUUUUACAGUAGACACUAUAUCUUUUCACUUGGAAAACUAGCCCAACACAAGUGAAAAUCGAUCAAACACAAGUGAAAAUCGAUCAAACACAAGUGAAAAUCGAUCAAACACAAGUGAGAAUCGGUCAAACACAAGUGAGAAUCGGUCAAAUACAAGCCCAACACAAGUGAGAAUCGGUCAAACACAAGCCCAACACAAGUGAGAAUCGGUCAAACACAAGUGAGAAUCGGUCAAAUACAAGCCCAACACAAGUGAAAAUCGGUCAAAUACAAGCCCAACACAAGUGAAAAUCGAUCAAACACAAGUGAGAAUCGGUCAAACACAAGCGCAACACAAGUAAGAAUGUCAAACACAAGUGAGAAUAUCAAACAAGCGCAACACAAGUAUGAAUACUUCCAGCUUCAAUUCCUGUUUACCGUUAUCUUACAAACUCAGCGACGAGCCGAAACCGAGUCUUGAAGCAUUUUUUUUUAUUUUAUACUCCGUCUGUGGUCUCGCGGCAAUCAGUGGCAACACUUUAGUUCUUGUAGCCGUUUACAAGACCCCAAAUCUACAAACGGUAUCAAACAAGUUACUGUGCUCCUUGGCCUUUGCGGACUUACUGGUGGGUAUACUCCAUUGCCCGUUUUACUGCAUCAUGGUCGCCAUUCGCGCCGACAGCAGCGGGGCGACCCUCAAACUUGAUUUCUUUCUGUGGACGCAAACUCUCUUCUCAACGACGUUAAAUCUCAGUGCUGUAAGUGGUGAUAGGUACAUGGCGAUAAAAUGGCCGCUUAAGUAUGCCUUAACAAGCGAAAGAGUAUACACGGGAAUGAUUGUAUUUAUUUGGAUCUCAUCCUUCAUUUUAGCAGUACCGACUUUGGUCUUUAAAGAUCUAACAACAUUAAGUGCCUACACAGCGUUUUGCGCUUUCAUAACAUUGAUUCUUCCUUCUUUUAUCAUUACUUGGACGUACUUUGAGAUUGUGAAAAUUUCUAAACGACACGCCAGAAUCGCACCAUCACCCUCCCGUCAGCUUCCAGGGGUUGAGAACACCAUAGAAGACUCUCUAGGCAAUUUCAACCAAGGCCGAAUCGCACCGAUGGCCCCUUCCCGCUUUGCGAAAAACAGAAAAGCAGUGGCCACGUUCGCUAUAAUUGCAUCCAUGCUUGUUGUGACAUUCACGCCUAAUCUCUUUUUCGCUGUUUGGUUCAGCAAAGCUGAGAGCUGCGAAAAAGGAUAUCACAUUUUCCAAAUAUGGACUUGGUCACUCAUUGUUCUCUGCUCAGGAUCUGCAAUGAAUCCCAUCAUAUACGGGCUGAGAAACAGGGAGUUUAGGAGUGCGUUUAAAAGAAUACUGCGUUCUUUUCUUAAUACUAACAACUAAAAGGGCUGCACUUCUAUUUCAACGCGUCUUACUUUCUGUCGAGGCUGGGAAAGGGGGGGGUCAUGUCACUUGAAUAGGCAGGGGGAGGCAUGUUUUCGAAGCUUUGAAAUGCUGUUUUGAAACCCCUGCGAAAAUGAUCUCUUUCAAAUAGUAGCAUUUAAUAAACUUUUAAGCAUUGGGGACCAUGAACCGAAAAGUAAAUAAAUGAAAAUCUAAAUGAAAAGCAAAAUGUGGGUGGGGUAGGAAGUGAGGGUGUAUUUUAUCGCAAAUAAAGUAAAGUGCGUUGAAAUGAGCCGUUGAAUUACGAGGCUACAAAAUGACACGUCCUUUUUCAAAAUAAAAAGUUAACACAAGAAUGUGUAAAUAGAAGCAAUACUA